GUAGCGCUGGACCUGUGAUUGGUUGAUGGAGUACAUGGAUGCCCACAUCAAACUGCCACCAACAACGAUUGUCCAAAAACUGUGACGCCUCAGAGGGUCAGGGUCAAAACUGAAGGAGCAUUUCAGAGGCGUCCUCCAUAGAAGCUGUCAUUCCAGACCCUCCCCAGUCCUCCCUGCAUAACCGCCCCUCGAGCGAUGACAGCCACAAAACCACCCAACAUGAUGAUCAUCUGAAACACGUCUGUCCAGAUCACUGCCUUCAGCCCUCCCUGAUGACAACAGCACAAUCAGGGUGGAUGAUAAUGAUGAUGAUGGAGACAGAUGGAGAUCAGGAUCAGUUUCUGUAUAAGAGCAGAAGCCUUUCAACACAAGCAGGUUAAACCAGACACUUCAGACAUCCUCAUACGCCACCAGCAAUAAUGUCUCUCCUGUAUGUUAUUGGCAUGCUGGGACUUUUAAUGAAGGUUGCCGUGCCCAUGUGUGCCCCCACUGACUACACCAUCUACAUUGAGAGACAGGAGUGCAAUUACUGUGUGGCAGUCAACACCACCAUCUGUAUGGGCUUCUGUUUCUCCAGGGACAGUAACCUGAAGGAGUUGGUGGGUCCUCGUUUUAUUGUUCAAAGGGGAUGCACCUAUCAGGAAGUCGAGUACCGGACAGCCGUAUUGCCCGGAUGUCCUUCACAUGCAGAUCCUCACUUCACCUACCCGGUGGCACUUAGCUGCCACUGCAGCACCUGCAAAACCGUUAGUGAUGAAUGUGCCCUCAAAACCCGCAGUGCUGGGAUGAGAUGCUCUAAACCUGUGCAUCAUCUAUACCCAGAGGAGAGCAACUACGUGCAGGCAUAUUGGGACCAGUAUGAGUAAUAUUUGAUUAUUCCUUGGCUGAAUCUAAAAUUAAAGUCUUCAUGCUCAUGGGAACAGUUGUUUGUUAGAUAAUUGUUGAGUAAACCCUAUGUCAUAAAGUUACCUAAUCCAUUACGUUUGCUGUAUUUUAUAUCCAGCAUCUGAUGUGUUUAUUGAGGCCAAACGUGGUUUAAAAAGAAGGUGUGGUUUUAAUAGGGUUCAAAUACUUAUGCCUUUAUGGAUAAUAGACCUUUUGUGAACUUUAAUGGUGUUUUAGUGUUUGACUGGCAGGGUUGCCAUAAAAAAUACAGGAGAAAAUGCUUUCAUAAAACUGAGCUUUAUCAUUAUCGUUGGUGUUUAUGGCUUAGCAGUUUGUAUUUCUGAAAUUAUUCCAACUUUAUUGUGGUUUACAGUUGGUUUGAAGGUGAAAGGCUACUCGUGCAAUGGAUUAAAGCAAUGCAAAAAUUGAAGUGAGUAAUUUCAAUUCAAGAACUAACACACAACAAC